AUGUUCCUCGUCAACUAUCUCACCCAGCCGAAAAUAACCUUCCCGGCAAGGAUCAACUACCAGUUCGAGUCCCAGAUAGCACGUCUGCUCGACGAGGCUGGCGUCCCCAACUUCAUGUGGGGAGAGCCAUAUCUCGGGACUCUGGGAUCCAGCACUGCGGGUUUCGGGUCCAGGUGGGCAGUCCCAGACCAUCUCAUCGACAAGGCCGGCGAGGCCCUCGCCAAAGCCUCCUUCCCCCCCUGCAAGCACGGCCGGGAGAAAUGUCCCAUCUUCGACAAGCGGAGCACCCACCCGUACCCAGAUCACCACUUCCACACGGACCUCACCUACCCAGAGGCGUGGCCCGAUUUCCCCAUAUGCGUGAACCUGUACAAGAAGUCGCGCCUCUUCUGGGAGUUCCCGGACCCGACGCUCGGCCCGCCGUCCGCAACGGACCCGUACUACAUGCUCGUGGGCGACCCGCGCAUCCGAACCGACAAUUACAUGGUCCGUGGCAGCCGCGGCCCGAAGCCAGCGGACCUCUAUCCGGUCAAGAUGGCGGUCCCCGCGCGCUACACAGAGGCGAUGGUUCUGCUGCAGCUUCGGGAUGCCUGCGGACAGCGCACGAUGCUGCAUUGGGAAGUUGAACUGAUCUACUUGCUCGACCCCGGACAGAUCCUCGGCCUGAACCUGGAUCUGCAGGAUCUGCGGCCGGCGUUUAGGGACUAUCUUGUUGCGGACAAUGUGGAUGACUCGGACACGGGCCAUCGUCUCUUCUGCCGACUUUUCCUGGAGCUGAAGAGGGAGAAGAGGAUUCCUCCGCCGGAGAGGCCCUGGGAGGCGGGCAUGGGAAGAGAAUAG